AUGUAUGCGUACCCUUCUACAAUUUCUGAAGAUGUUGUUAACAUCAGUGUCUUGAAUCGCUGGCUGGCAGACAAAAAUGAAGGCAACAACUUUCUAAAUGGCUUGGAAGACCUCCCAUGGACCGAUGAGCGAGCCUCCGACUUAGUAGCACUCUCCAAACGUCAAAACGACCAUCUCACAACCUGGACAGCUGAGUCACUGAUUCCUUGGUUCCUUCGAAAAGGCUUCACAUCAAAGGCUCCCCUUCUGGGCCAAGAAGAACCCGGCAUGGUCGAGUGGUCAGACGAUAGCUACACAACCGCUUCCCGCACCAUAUCAGUCAUAACCUCAUCUCUCGUUCCCUCAUUGGCAAUCGUCAUUCUCUACUUCAUCCAUUCGCUCCUGGCACGCAUCUUCGCAGCGCUGGGCUUAUCUUUUCCGUUCUCAAUCGCGCUUGCUUUGUUGACUUCGGCAAGAGCGGCUGAGAUCUUUCGAGUACGGCUGCGUAAGUCGACUUCCUCCGACGAUAGGGACAAGGUUUGUACUGAUGCUGAACAUAGUUUUGCUGCUGUGUUGGUAGUGUUCAUCGGGAGUACGAGUACAGGAUCGUUAGGAACCACGUAG